UCAGGAAGAUAAAGUACACUCCAUAGCAUCAGAAAUGAAUUUUGGCAGCUGUAUUUUGAAGUUGCUAGCUAUAUGUGUAAUUUCUUCGUCAGGUUUACAUUCAAUAUCUUCAAAGAUCAAAGUACGAGGAACAAUUACAAAAAACGGACAGAUAGUAGUUCGCGGAGUAGAAGGAAAAGAACUAAAGAUCGUCUGUAAUCUCAAAAGCGAUAUACCAGAAAUCAACUUGUUUAUGAAAAUAAAUCGAGAAGAACUUAAAAGAGUUGGAAGUGGUCGUUUAAGGUAUCGCUUCAUACCAUCAAAACGUGACAACAUGAAACCAUUUGUAUGUUCUGCCAACAGUUCCUUACUAGAUAAUCCUCUGUCACGUAAAGUAUUGUUGGAUAUUCAGUAUGCACCAGUCGUUAAAAUAAGAAAAAAAGUAACUAAGAAAAAACUAAAACUUAUAUGUAUUCCUAGCGGAAAUCCUGAAAAUUAUACUUUUGACGAUUGGGAGCACUGGUCUGAAUUCAAUGAACACAUUCGAAAUGUUCAAGGGACAUCUGACGGCAAAUUGAUCUUUCUGAAAUCCAACAAUAACAACAGGUUCCAUGAAAAUGAUGGCAUUUACAAAUGCAAAACAUCAAACGGUAUCAAUGGUACAAAUGGAAGCUUAUCCCAGAAAGGAUCAGUUCUCAUACACAAUAAAGUUCCACCGAUAUUUGUGAAUGCAAAUAAACCAAUUCAAUAUGGUCGAUACGGUCAGAAGAUUCAGUUGAAGGUGCAAUUGUACAAUAAGUAUGGCACGAUACAAACAACUAUAUCAAAACAAAACGAGACUUUGGAUAUACAUGGAAGACAGGAGAGGAUUCUAACACAAGACAUGUUCCAUGGUGUAAACGUUACAGUAUCUGGUAUAAAGAUAACAUUCCGACUGACAUUGGCUAAAAUAAAAGAUUUUACAGAUUAUACAAUAAAGGCUUGUAACAACAAGGAGUGUAAUGUUUAUACGGUGAAGGUAACAUCAAAAUGUCGUCCCGAGCCUCCACCAUAUGUGUCAGUAAUUCCAUAUGCUAGAUAUCUGAAAGUUGUGUGGGAUCCUGGAUUUGACGGGGGUUACCAGCAGAUAUUUUUCGUAGAAUAUCAACAAGAAGCCGAAAAUACAUGGAGACGGUCUGGACCUGUUAUUGAUACGAAACAGAUUAUUAUGUCAAAAAUCGUAAAUGAAUUGAUUCCAAAAACUCGAUAUUGUGUUCGGGUAUUGUCAAAAAAUGAAAUUGGAGAAAGCAAUAAGACGGCCGUGACUUCUUUGGUGACGUUAGCUGAUAGCCCCAAACCUCCUACAAAUGUGUCAGUAAUUCCAUAUAAAAGACAUCUAACAGUAUCAUGGUGUCCUGAAUAUAACGGAGGAGCACCUCAGACGUUUUUCAUAGAAUAUCAUCAAGAAGCCAAUGAAAUAUGGAGACGGUCUGGACCUAUUACUGAUAACAUGCAGGCUAGAAUGUCACAUAUCCUGUAUAACAACAGUGCCAGAACUCGAUAUUUUGUUCGGAUGUUGUCCAAAAAUGAAAUUGGAGAAAGUAAUAAGACAUCUAUCACUCCUGUUAUAACUUUAGCUGAACGCCCCGAACCUCCUACAAAUGUGUCAGUAAUUCCAUAUAAAAGACAUCUAGCAGUAUCAUGGUGUCCUGGAUAUAACGGGGGAGACCCUCAGACUUUUUUCAUAGAGUAUCAACAAAAAGCCGGUGAAAUGUGGACACGGUCAGGACCUAUUAUUGAAAACAUGAAGGUUAGGAUGUCAAAUGUCCUGUAUAACAUGAGCCCCAAAAGACGAUAUUUUGUUCGGAUGUUCUCCAGAAAUGAAAUUGGUGAAAGUGAAAAGACGGCUGUCACUCCUGUGAUGACUUUAGAGCCAACAAUUAACAUAUAUCGUGUCAAAGCUGUUUUGGUAGUUUUAUUGAUCGCUAUAGCAGUUGUUCUUGCUAAAGCUUUGUGGGUAGUCCUAGUGUUCGUUUUAGUAGGCAUUCUAGCUAUUUCAGGAUGGACUAUUAUCUUCUUUAUAGGGAGAAAAGAAAAAGGUGCAUCUGGUAACAGCAAUCCCAGGGAAGAAGAGGUUAGAGAGAACUUUCAGGUGGAACCAGUCGACAAUCAGCUCUAUCUUUCAUCAGAUGACCCGGAUAUAGCUCAUGUUCGUAACUUACGCAAUCAGAGCGUAAUAAAUACAAGUUUGCCAUCAAGUUCUCAUGAUAACCAAACUAACCAGAUGCAACUGUAUAACGAAGAUGGAGCAAAUGGUCGAAGACUGUGUACUUAUAUAAACAGGGGCGUGAUCUCGUCAGUGCAUAACCGUCAGAUUUGUGAAACAAGUCUAAACUAUACGGAAAUUGCAUUCAACGAACCGACGACAAUGCAAGAUGCUGCUAUACAUGGAACAUGUGGAAGUGUUAGUAGAACAAUUUAUUCUGAAAUAGAUUUAAUGGCAGAUCCUGUAGCGCCACUGUCUAGCAGCGGAAGUGAAUGCGAUGAAAGCUUUGAGAGUGAUAUUUAAUGCAUGCAUAUGUAAACUAUUGAUAGUUAAUACAGAGAGUAGAGAAAGCAACGAGUCUUCCUUUAUAUAUACAUUUCUAUGAUUUUAACAAUAAAUUGAGUAGGUAAUGAUCAACAAGUCACUAUGUAGUGAUUGAUUAGUUCAUGAGAAUGCCUACGCGAGUCUACUUAAUAAAGACACAUGCAUCCGUAGGAAUUGUAGAAUUUGUUGUUAUUUUGUCAUUUAGUCGGUACUCUGCUGAUGGACAAUCAUCACCUGUACAGUAACUAUUGCUUUGAUAUUGGAAUGCGUUAAAUGAUAUAAUUAGUUAAUUUCUGGUUGUUUAUGUACAUAUUGUAAAAAUUUGAUUGCUACUGCUUUAGACAAAAUUGACUUUCAACGGUGAUGUCCGUUUUAUUGAAGUCAAUUUGGUUUGAAUUUAUCAAACGGAUUUUUGUUUUUUGUUGUUUUGUUGUUUAGAUUUGUGCAAGUAGAUUUUGAAAUGCAUGCUAUAAACACGUGUUGUCCACAUAGAAAUAAUAUAUAAAAUUUGUAGAUUUAUACUGUAUUAACAUGAUUUACUAACUUGCGCUAAUUUUUGGAUGUGAAGGAGAACAGUCUUUUAGUUUGUUUAUCGACAUAAUUUGUAGCAGAAUAGGAUAAUUACAUUUAUAUGUAUGAAUCACCCAGUCACAUAGUUCAAGCCUGAUCUGUUCUUUCUAAAGCUCUAACAUAUUGAAAUGAAUAGUAAUAAUUGGAGGUAUAUAGGCAUAUUGAGAAAAUUAGAUUAUGGCUGUCAUGAUUAAUACUGCAUAUAUACCGUUUACUUAACGAACAAUUCCUGUGUCGAAGUUUGAAAAAACUAAGUUCAAAGUCUUGUUUUAAAUGGUGUGACUACUUUAUUCUUUUUAUGAAUUACGUGGUCACGUGAUGUACAUUAUUUACCUCAUUAAACAGUAUUAUUUAUCAAUCAAGUACAUCCGUCUGCUGUUCACAAUAUGAUAUGUACAUAAUAAGUCCGUCAGAUACCAGUAUUUCUAUUUUUUUUUUUAGAUUAAAUUACAUUGGAAUUAUACCGGAUGCACUAUAUUAACGUAAAUUUCAUAUUCUAACGUUGUAUUCUCAAUGAAGCAAUCAUAACAGUACGACAAAAGGCAAAAUGAUAGGAAAUAUGAAAUAUAUUAUGAAAAAUGUAAUACAAAUUAUACAUAGAUUGUAUCCAAAGCGGUUAACACACGCUCUAUAAAGUACCUCACAGUUAAAAGGAGUUCACCAACUGAGUAUGUUUGCAAGAACUAUCAGUAUAUUUCUUUUUGUCAGUACAGAAAUAUGAGUGUGAAGAUUUAUGUUUUUUACUCUGUUUGCUGUUAACUUGUACUAUACUUUGCUUUGUUUUCUUACAUUUAUUUAGCUUAAUCAUUUUCAUAUAAUACAUAUUUUAAUUGCCAAUGUUUCAAUGGUAUUGCAUUAAAAAAAGUAUCCAACUUAUUGUUUGUUUAUUAAGCC